AAAACUAGUCAAAGAAACCAAUCAACCAAGAAAGAGAGAGAGAGGAGUUUAAGGUUUGAUCCAUGGGGAAAGAGAAACCUAGUAGUAGUUGCAAUGUUUUGAUGUUCCCAUGGCUAGCACAAGGCCAUUUCACGCCAUUUUUGGAGCUAGCCAAGAUCCUAUCUUCAAGAAACUUCAACGUCCACUUCUGUUCUUCUCCCAUCAUUCUUCAAUCCAUCGCAAAACUCAAUCUCUCCCCCUCCAUCCAUCUGGUGGAGCUCCGCCUGCCCUCCACGCCGGACCUCCCGCCCCACCACCACACCACCACCGCCCUGCCGCCGCGCUUCGCCGACGCGCUCCAAGAAGCGUUCCAAAACACGGAGUCAACGUUCUACGACGUCGUUUCCUCCGUAAAUCCCGACUUGCUCAUCUACGAUGGGUUCCAGCCCUGGGCGGCUUCUCUCAACAUCCCCGCCGUCCAUCUCUCCACCGCCGGCGCGGUGGCGAUGUCUAGCUUGGCGCACAACCGCGUAGACCGCGCCCGCGGGUCUAAGUUCCCGUUCCCGGAGAUUUAUUACCAUGAUCAUGAGAUAAGAAAGUUCAUAUCCAUGGCCAAAAAAAACCCUACAGGGGUAGACUUGGGAAGCUUAGGAUUCAAAUCCAUUGAACAAUCCCACAAAAUCAUGUUUAUCAAUAGUUGUAGAGAGAUGGAGGGGAAGUACGUUGACUAUCUCUCUCAUUUGACCAAGAAAGAAGUCAUGGCGAUCGGCCCGCUUAUCCGGCCGACCACCGACGAGGAAGACCAUGCAGAUAUAGUGCAGUGGUUACACGACAAAGGCGAGUCCUCGUGUGUACUGGCCUCGUUUGGGAGUGAAUACUCCAUGUCGAGUACAGACAUGGAGGAGAUAGCUUUUGGGUUAGAGAUAAGCGAGGUGAACUUCAUAUGGGUGGUGAAGUUCCCGGCCGGGGUGGACACGGCCGUGGAGGAAGCCGUGCCCGAAGGCUACCUCGAAAGGGUAAAAGGGAGAGGGAUAGUAGUGAAAGGAUGGGUUCCCCAGGCCAAGAUUCUGGCAGAUAGGAAAAUCUGCGGGUUCUUGAGUCAUUGCGGAUGGAACAGUCUUCUCGAGAGCUUGACAUUUGGGGUUCCAAUUAUAGCCCUACCAUUGCAUCUUGAUCAGCCCGGGAAUGCUAGGCUGGUGGAGGAGAUUGGCGUGGGAGUGGAGGCGCUGAAGGGGGAGAAUGGGGAGAUAAAGAGGGAGGAGGUGGCUAAAGCUCUAAGAAAAGUGGCUAUGGAGAAAAGUGGGGAGGAAAUGAAGCAAAAGGCUAGAGAAUUGAGUGUGAAGAUGAGAUUGAGUGGUGAGAAGAUGAUUGAUGAAGCAGUUGAUAAGUUGCUUCAACUUUGUAGAAAGAAUUAAUGAUGCAAAAUUCUUGCAUGCACAAUAGGAAUUGAUGAAUUACACGAUGAAAUGGUGGGUUAAACUGGUAUGUUCUAAUCAAUUUUAUAUUUAAUAAAUUUAUAUCCUCUUUAUGGGGAUAUUGUCAUUAUUAUUUAAUAA